UCCGCGGCUUCGAAAUUUUAAACUUUUUUUAUUCGAUAUCGCAUCUCUGUCACUCCUUCUGUUCUCCGUUGCGCACAGAACAAAACGCCUUCGCUGUUUCUGUAUCAGAUUCUCCACACAGAUAUAUACAUAUAUCUGUAUCUAUACAGAUUCUCUCUCUCUCCAUAUACUCCGUAUAUACUCGGUAAUUUUUAGUUUCUCAGAGUUUGAGUUGUCGAAAUCUAAUGCAGGAGUUCGCAUCCGCUUGAUUCAGUUGGUUUAAAUUGUCCAUGAUUCAAGAUGAAGAAACUGUUCUUUUUCAGAUCUUCUGCAUCUAGUGGAGGUAGCAACACCCAAAUUUCACCACCAGCGAAGGAAAAAAGAAUUGAUUGGGAAAAACCAGAUAAGCCUGACAAGUCAAGAAGUAAAAAGAAAGUUCCAGAAAAUCAUACUUUUGGUGAUACUCCAACUCUUAGGAGGAGUCUUUCAUUCUCAUCUGGAUCCUUUUAUGAUGGUUGGGUGGGACAAAUGAAUUGUCAAGAUCAAAGUGGGUCUCCACAUGGUGAUGCUAACAUUAAGAAAUCAAACCGUAGCUCCUCCCGUAGUCGUGCAAUUACACCUGAGAGGCAACGUUCAAAGUUCUUCGAGAUGGAUGGUGUUGAAAACUCUUAUAAAGUUGGGAAUGGACCACAUGGUUAUGGCUCAUCAUUUCGUCCACACCUUGAUUCAUUUGAGAGCUCUUCUCACUGCUCAAGUAAUGUUUCAAGUAAAGUUUUAGAUCGUUAUAUUGAUGGGGAGCAAGAACAGGAAACAAGUGGAUUAACAAGUGACUUCUCUAUAAAAUAUCAUGCUGAUAUUGGAUGCGGUGGUGUUCAACUGCCUCCAAGAUCUCAGAGCAAAGCAGCUGCUUCACUACCGAAUGCUAAUAAACAGAACCCAAAAGCUCAAUCUUUCGGAGAAGCUAGAGGGCCUCAACUUCAAGAAUUGAUGGAGAAUGGUUUUGGUAAUGAAUCUCCCAGAAAACUUGCAAAGAAAGUGGUUGAGAGACUUUCUCAAUCUCGACUGCUGGCUCAGGAAAAUAAAAAAGAAUAUGGUGCUGAUACUCCAAUUACAAUCGAAGAUAUCUACCAUGGGAGUGCAAGCAGAUAUCCUAGUUCAUAUCUUGAUGGUAAUUCACAAAAAGAUUAUCUGAUUGAUGGGUUAAAUGAGGCAACCAGUAAGUAUCACCUUGAAGAAAUGACAACCUUCCAAGAAAGGAAAAUUUUCUCUGGUGUUAAUUACAGCACCAUGGACAAUGUUAAUGCCAAGGAAGAUUCUGAUUUGGAAUUAUUUAGAAAAUUUAAAGAUGCUGAGGAACGAGAGAUGGUGCUUUCUGAAGAUCUUGAAGAACAGAACUUUCUUCAGAGUAGAGGGCUCAGUGUUCCAACAUUGAUCCAGAAAAUCAGAAGCUUGAUAGAGGAUAAGGUGCAAAUGGCCCGUGAGGUUUCAGCUGCCUUGCAAGGUCAAAUUGCUGAGAGAGCUUCGGCUAGAGAAGAAGUGAAACUGUUAAGAGCUGAACUAGAUUCACAGAAGCGAAGAUUGGAAGAGGAGAAGAAUGAAUUACAGUAUUCACUGGAAAAGGAACUAGAUAGAAGAUCAAGUGAGUGGUCACUCAAGCUUGAGAGGUAUCAUACAGAGGAACAUAGACUCCGUGACAGGGUUAGGGAGCUUGCAGAGCAAAAUGUUUCUCUUCAAAGGGAAGUCUCUUCAUUCAGUGAGAAAGAGGUGGACAACAAAAGUAGGAUUUCAUAUUUAGAAAAACAGCUUGAUGACCUUGUAAAGAGAGUGGAGGAAGAAAGUGAGGAGAAUCAAAAUUUGCAGCAAAAUUUUUCUGAACUUCAAGAAAAGUACAGAGGAGUACAGGAAGAUCAAGAUUGCAUCCGAAGGAAUUGUGAGGAGAAGGUGAAAGAGUGUAAGGACUUGCACAGGUCUAUUACAAGAUUACAGAGGACCUGUAAUGAACAAGAAAAGACAAUUGAUGGUUUGCGACUUUUCUAUGAGGAAAUUAACAAGAAACGCUCUGCAGAGGAGUUUGACAACCAAUUAAUGAAGUCACGAAUGGAGCAAGUAAGGUUGGUAGGAAUGGAGUGUACUCUAAGGAAGGAGUUGGAAUCCUACAGGCUUGAAGUUGAUCGUCUUCGACAUGAGAAUAUACACUUGUUGAGUCGCCUAAAAGGGAGUGGUCAGGAUGCUGGCUUAUUAACUUUGAGGCUAGAUCAGGAACUGUUGAAUCGUGUUAAUAGCUUGCAGAAUCAAGGGCUAUUGUUGCUUAAAGACAGCACCCUUCUUUGUGAAAAGUUGUUAGAAUACGCCAAAUCUACUACUGGAGACAUGUCAAAGGGUGGAUUGUGUACUCUAGAUGGAGGAUUACAGGGUCAGUUUGCUAUUGAAUCUGAUGUAAAGCUCCAAGGUUUUAAGAGGGGGCUAGAAAACUUAGCAAGAAGCUUACAGAAUGUGUCUGUUGUGCUAGAUGAGAAGUCUUGCACUGGCAAGUCUAAGUCUCACCCUUCCACUUUAGAGAAUAAGAUACACCAAUCAGAUGACCAGAAAUUUGAAUCAGAGCUCAAAUCAGAGACAUUACUGACAAAUUUGUUGCGUGAGAAGCUUUAUAUCCAAGAGUUGGAUAUGGAACAACUUCAGGCUGAGCUGGCAACUGCUGUCAGGGGUAAUGACAUGCUCAAAUGUGAAUUGCAAAAUGUACGCGAUAACCUUUCCUGUGUAACUCACAAGACCAAAAAUCUUGAACUUCAGAUUCUCAAGAAAGACGAAAAUAUCAAAAAGCUCCAGAAUGAUCUCGAAGAAUGCAUGAAGGAAUUAACAGUGGCGAAGGGUAUACUGCCAAAAGUAUCUCAAGAGCGAGACAUGCUUUGGGAGGAGGUUAAGCAGUACAGCGAAAGCAAUAUGUUGCUGAACUCCGAAAACAAUCUGUUAAAGAAGAAGAUAGAGACACUAGACGAAGACAUACUCCUCAAAGAAGGUCAAAUCACAAUUCUGAAAGACACACUUGGUAAGCCAAUUGACCUUCUGUCCAUUCCUGGCUCUACCAGGGAAUUCCUAGUUGAAUGAUGCGGCCAGGUUUGGGAAUUCAGUACCUAGUAGUGUUCAUAAUUAGUAUACUCUUCUCGUUUAGUGUUUGAAUAUAAUACUUGUCUGGAAUUCUUUUAUAGGCUCGAAUACAAACUUUGUAUUUACAAACAACCAUUUGCUUUUGCUUUUGAUUUUGCUACUCUAAAGUCUAAACACAAUAUGCCAACAUCAAUGAUGAAUUGCGAAGUUUUUCUUACA